AUGACCCUUCCACAGACAGUUGCCAUCGAACAACUUGAGGAGGCCCUCGAAGAUGGACAACUUGAUCAUUCCUCCCGCGCCUCCCUCCUUUUCCUCCUUGCAAAGGCUUUCCAUAUGAGAUUCUAUAGUCAUGGAGCCAUCACGGACGUUGAAGCGGCCAUUAAGAAAUAUCACGAAGCGGUCGCGUACCAUGGUGACGCCGACCCUGAAUUGCCGAGGUUCACAAUGCAUCUGGCCAACGCCUACGUGGAUAAACACGAAGAAACACGAGAGGAGGAGAGCCUCGUUCAACCCAUUCAGUAUAUCGAGAAUGCUCUAAAGUUAAUACCCAAGCGUCACGACGACCGGCCAAAGUUUCACCGGUUCUUGACGAACGCAUACAUGAGAAGGUACCAGCAAACAGCGCAGGGUGCUGAUCUCAAUCUUGCAAUUCAAAACGCCCGAGCACUCCUCUCUUCAGUUACUCCAUACGGCGAGGAUACAAUAUCCAUGCGAAAAGCACUAUGCCAUCUCUAUUACACCAAGUGCUUGGACGGUGACCUGUCCGACCUCGACGCUGCUGUUGAAAGUCUGCAGGGGCUUUUACAAAUGAUAGGGGAUGAUGAUAAAGAAGAUAUGUCGUUCUAUCAAGAACUUCUUGCGGACCUGUAUAAACUCAAGUAUGACAUAUCAAAAAGCUCUGAAGACCUCCAUAGCGUUAUACGAUCUAGGAGGAUCUCAGCUGCCAUGAGCCAUAACGAUGACCCGAAAAAGGGCCUUAAACACCAUUCCCUAGGCGUAUUGCUUAUGGGGGCAUUCCGGAAAGAAGGGGACGUUGCAUACCUCGAUGAGUCGCUCCCAAAUCUUCUCACCAAACUAAGUUUGACAACGGAAACGUCUCCAGGCCGGCUUCAGCUGCUUUCCGACAUUGCAAUUGUGUACGCAGAAAUUCACCAUGCCACCGACCAGAACGAAAUGAUGGAGAAGUGUCUUGAUAUGGUAAGACAGGCCAUGGGAAUUAUUCACGCGAGUCAUCCGGACUACGAAUAUCUUUUGAAAACCCUCCACGACGGUCAUCUCAUUCUGUACUCUCUGAAGGGAUCAAGAGCCGACUUUGAGUCAUGGCUACUUGGGCCUCCUUCGAUCGCUUUUUUGCAUGACGCAGAUAAUCAAGGCCCACUUACACAGGCUGAGAGCAGCGAAACCCUGGAACGGGUGGUAAAGUUUCGGAUAGAAGACCCGGACAUGUUCGCACUGAACGCAGCUUCGGACCAUGGUCACAACGACUAUCUCCGCAAGAUUCUCGGAAGAGUGGCCGAGAUAGAUUCUGAAUCGCCUGAGUAUUCCCGAGCGAUCGCCCGUGCAGCGAUUCGAGGCCAUACUGAUACUGUUCAGCUGCUCAUCGAGGCUGUAUCGAACCUUCAUCAGAAUGCCCAGUUGAUUUCACCUGCAAUCCAGUAUGUUGCAUCGACAGCAUACACGGCUACGGCUAACGUACUGAUCCAGUACGGAGGCAAUAUCGAGGCAAGGAAAGCGGAGACACGGGAAACACCAUUGCACAUCGCAUCGAGAUCCGGGCAGAUAGACAUGGUGCGACUAUUGCUCGAGAAAGGCGCUAAUGUCAACGCGAUAAUAGACAGGGUUGAAACUGCAUUCUAUAUUGCGUCCUCUCAAGGGGACUUGGAGCUGGCUCGACUGCUACAUGCACAUGGUGCCGAUAUCAGUAUCGGGCAUCCUCUUCAUGUUGCAGCAUAUGCAGGUCAUUUGGAUUUCGCCAAGCUUCUCGUCUCUUGGGGCGCUGAUGUCAACUUGCGCGAUGAGCGUGACAAUUUUCCUCUCAACGUCGCUGCGAGUUAUGGACACGCAGCGAUCGCAUGUAUCCUUCUCGAUAAUGGAGCAGAUAUCAAUGCCACUGUAGCUGAGGAAUGCAGUAGCCUAUUUUUGUCAGUACUCUUCCAGCAUCACGAAACUAUGCAGCUUCUCUUAUGUAAGGGGGCCGACGCCAAACGGAGAACCAGUAGAGGCUACACGCCACUACAUGCCGCGGCGUGGAAUGGGAACAUCCCCAUCACAAGGGCCUUGAUACAACACGGAUGUGAUUUAUCGGCGAGAGAUGCAGCAGGUCGAACACCGUUGCACAAUGCUUGUAUUGCCGGCCACAAGUCAGCGGCCAUGGAGCUUCUAAGCCACAAGAGACUGGGGAUUGAUGUAGCAGACCGAUUUGGCUCUACACCUCUAUCUAUGGCCGCUCGGCAUGGGCACAGGUCUGUUGUCGAGCAUCUACUGGAAUGUGAAAUUGCUCUAGACAUGAAAGACUGCUUUGGUCGUACCGCCUUGUGCUGGGCUAGGCGAGAAAGCCACACUGAGGCUGCCGACAACAUCCUUCAGAGCACCAGAUUGAAAGGGAUAGUGGAAGAAGACAAAUGUGAAAUGGCACCAAAUUCCAGUAGAAGGGGCACGACUGAAUAUGGGCCAACUUACCAAGCUUGUGAUGUCUGUACUCUACCCACCCGGCAAGGCAUGUAUUGGCACUGCUCGCUUUGCAACAGCGGAGACUUCGAUAUAUGUCCAGAGUGCGUCGACGCCGGUGCCCAUUGCUUUGUUACCGAUCAUAAACUCGCCCGAAGUACUACUAUGCCAAAAUAG